GUUCCAGCCAGCAUCAUGGCUGGUUUGAAGAUGUGGUGUGCUUUCGUGGUUAUACUAUGCCAUUUCUGCCAAAGAUGUAUCCCAAGUGGAAUUUCAACGCACGUUGAAAUCGCACAUAGAGCUCUGGAAUUUUUCAUUAAGCGUGAAGGGAAUGUUAAUUAUAGACAGUUAUUGCUAAACCACCAAGACGCAUUUCAGGCUGGGAGCAUUUAUCCUGAUGCCUUUUAUCCUUCAAUCUGCAAAAGUGGAAUAUUCCAUGAUGUGUCUGAGGACACUCACUGGUCACCAUUUCUCAGUGCAAGUAUUGACUACAUCAGAAAGAAUUAUCCUCAGCCUUGGGAGGAGGCUACAGAGAAGCUGGUGGCUUUCCUGUUUGGAAUUGCUUCACAUAUGGUGGCAGAUGUUAGCUGGCAUAGCCUGGGCAUCGACCAAGGAUUUCUGAAGGCCAUGGGAGAAAUCGAUUUUCAUGGUUCAUACUCAGAAGCUCACAAUGUUGGCGAUUUUGGAGGAGAUGUAGUGAGUCAGUUUGAGCUGGACUUCAGUUAUCUGGCCUCGAAUUGGUAUGUACCUGUCAAAGACCUAGCAGCUAUCUAUAAGGAAUUUUAUGGAAGAGAGGUCGUAACUGAAAGCACAAUUACUGACUGUACUUACCUGCUGUUUCUUGAACUGCACGGAGAGAGGCUUGCUGUUGCCAAGCUUUUUCCAACAUAUGCCAGUAAAUCUCCAUUUCUGGUGGAGAAGUUCCAUGAGUAUUUCCUUGGAGGAGUGGAUGACAUGGCCUUCUGGACAAACAACAUUUUUGAGCUGACGAGCCACAUGCUGGAGAACGGAACCAGUGGCUGCUUCCUGCCUGAGAACCCGCUGUUUAUAAACUGCACAGGGGAGCACAAGGACAAUUCUGUCAGAAACAAACAAUCGAAGCAUGAACGUCCCAAGAAUACAACUUCUUUGCUUACAAAAACACUUGGAAAGAAUAUAAAUUAUACAGACAGAGGAGUUCACUUCAAAAUAGAAUCUUGGGCAACGAAUUCCCUCCGCUUGAUAAACCGUGCUUUUGCAAGCAGUGUCUGGAGAGCAUUAGCACACCAGAAAUCUUCUCAGCACAUCUCCCAGCCAAAGGCUUCAUAUUUUCUGACUUCACCCUAUGCUAGACUUGGAUGGGCAAUGAUCUCAGCUGACCUAAACCAGGAUGGGUAUGAAGAUCUGGUGGUUGGAGCCCCAGGGUACAGCACGUUGGGCCGUGUUCAGAUAGGACGGGUCUACGUGGUCUAUGGCAACCAGGCAGGUUUGCCACCAGAGGACAUGGAUCUAGAUGGGAAAGCUGACCAAGUACUGCAGGGCCAUCAGCCUUCAGGAAGAUUUGGUUCUGCAUUGGCAGUCCUGGACUUCAAUGAGGAUGGAGUGCCAGAUCUGGCAAUUGGAGCACCUUCUGUGGGAUCGCAGUUUCUUACUUACAAAGGUGCUGUGUAUGUCUAUUUUGGCACUGAGGGAAGAGGCUUGGCAUCUGAACCGAACGUUACCAUCACUUGUGAGUAUUCCUACUGUAACCUUGGUUGGUCCCUCCUGGCAGCUGAUGUUGACAGGGAUGGAAACGCUGAUCUGGUUGUGGGCUCUCCCUACGCACCCGGUGGUGGGCAGCAGAGAGGAUUUGUGGUUGCAUUUUACUCUUAUUUCAACAGGAGUGACCAAGGAGUUUUGUCAGUACAGGACGCCAACUGGAUGGUGAAGGGGGAAGAAAACUACGCUUGGUUUGGAUUUUCACUUGCCAGCUGCCAGCUGGAGAACGUGACUUUACUGCUGAUUGGUAGCCCCACGUGGAAGAGUUGUGCUGGCUGCAGUCCCUCCUCAUCGGACGCCAGACAGAGCGUGGGGAAGGUGUAUGGGUACAACCCACCAAGCACAAAGCCCUGGUUUGCCAUAACUGGAGGCAAGGCGAUGGGCAGAAUGGGCUUGUCUCUGGCCAGCGGGGUGAUGUCGGUGGCUGGGACCACAAGGACGGUUCUGGUGGUGGGUGCACCUACUGCAGAUGGGCUGGCUAGGAUUUCAUUUAUGUCCUCGGUGCUGCGCCAAGCGGGGCUGGCUCUGGUGUAUGAUCUGAGAAACAGCACCCAGCCUGCUCUGCUCAGCACGUUCAGUGGGGACAGGAGGUUCUCUCGCUUCGGAGGAGACAUACACUUAAGCGACCUGGAUAAUGAUGGACUAGAUGAGAUGAUGGUGACGUCCCCGCUGCGCUCUAACGACAUCACGGUGCUGUUCGGGGGGGCAGCCGGCCGUGUUUACAUUUACAACGGAAAGCAGGCAUCCUCGCGGAAUGUGACAGCCCACUGCAAAUCCUGGGUAUCUCCCUGUCCCGAGGACUGGGCACAGUAUGUGCUGAUUUCUCCUGAGGAACUAUCAAGAUUUGGGAGUUCUGUGAUCACCGUGAAAUCUGAAGGAAAGAAAGAAGUUGUAGUGGCGGCGGAGAGAAGUUCGUCGAAAGCUCGACUUGGUGGAAGGCUGUUUGUCUACUCGCUCUAGAAGUUCACGGUAGCCUUUGAGACCAGGGCCCAGCUGGUCUUUUAGUGAAUGAUCUCUGUAGUAUCUGUGAUACUUUCCUCAACCCGUACAAACCAACAGCAAGCUUUUGACAGACAGAUGUCCCAGAGAGCUAGACAGGGUCCUAGAUAGAUAGAUAGAUAUAAGGGAGGGAUGGUCAGUUU